AUGGCUGAAAGGAAGAAACCAAUCUGUGAGGUAAAAAAGAAAGAAAAGAAAGCAAAUACAGUUGAAGACAAUACUAGCGUAGACAAAGGAUCUGCAGAUCUAGAAGAUCUUAAGGAACAACAAAUUGAAACUAAAGAAAAGACUAUUGAUGAAGAUGAGCGAGAAAGCGAAGCUAAGAAUAAAGAUGAAACUAAUGGCAAAGACGAAGUUAAGAAAUAUAUAAAUAAAAUUGAUGAUAAAGUUGAAGGAAUUGAAAUUGAUGAGAUCAAAGAAGAAAAAGCUGAUGAAAAAAUUGAAUUUGGUAAAAUGAUAAUACUUGAGGAAUUUGAAAAAUCAAUAAUAAGCGCACCUGUUAAAACUGAUGAUAUAAUCACAGAAGUAAAAGUGAUGAAUGAGAGAUUUAUUCUGCUAACAGAUGAAGUCGAACAAUUAAAGCGUGAAAUUUUUGAAUUGUCAGAGAAAUCCGAAUUAACAGAAGAGGAUAAGCUAGCGCUUCAAGAGAAGCAAAACAUUCUCACUUCAAAAGUAGCGGAACUGGAGCAAUUAACACAAAAUAUUCAAAAAGCGCGAGAGGAAGUAAAACAGCUUCGUAAAGUGGAAAAAGAAACUGAGAUAAAAAAAAGAGACAUAGAACCAUUCAAAAAAAUUUUAGAAGAAGAUCACUUCGAGAUACCGCAAAUACAAUAUCCUGAAGAUAAGUACAAACUAGAAGAAGCGUUGCUAGAAAAAGAUACAGCUCUCGAAAGUUUACAGAAGAAGGUAUGCGGCCUGCAAGCAGAAAUGCGUAUAAUUGUCAAAGAAAAUAUGGAGUUGAGUCGCCAAUUGGCUACUUUAAAUCAACUAGUGAUUAGACCUACUUGCUGUUACACCUGCCCAGGUGUUACGCCGUCUUCUCCAUCAACCUCGCCGACAUUAUCUUCGCGUCCGCAUGUCAGCGCGCAACCUCGAGACGACGUUUACUACCGAUGCAAAUGCUGUUUGCGAUCGCCAUAUACUGACACAUUAUCACCAACUACGGAAACUGUAUGCAAUUCGCCGAGGCUUACAGGAGGUGGAUCGCCAUCAGAAGAACGUUAUCUCGCAGAUAGCAACGAUUUGCAAAACGUAGAGAUGUGUUGCCGAGGUCCAGCUGUUGUUAAACCAUUGCUUUCUCGGGGAACAUGUCCUGCAGAAUUGGAAAAUAAAUUUGCAACAUAUGGCAAUAGUACUAAACAAUUAGAACAACAAUUAGGUAGUAUGGAGACUGAGGUACGUAACAUGCAGAUGGAAUUAGCAAAUGUGCAGCGGGAACGACAACAAUUGGAACAGCAACGUAAAUUGCUCAAAUGCACAGCACCGUGUGCACAGUGCGCUUGUUGCCCACCUCCGACUUCGACAUGUGCGACACCCACGUCAGGACUUCCGUUAAUGGGAAUUUCCAAAGUACCUGCAAUGUCUGCGAUGCCUCUUACCCUACCUACAACUACGCAGACUGCACCUCCAAUGUGCACUGGUUCUUGUACAAACGCUACUAUGGGCACUAGUACUUGCGUUCAACAAUUACGCGAUCUUCGUGAACAAUACGCCCGACUUCAAGAUGAUUAUAAAAGUAAGUUGUGUGAGGUAUCAUGUAUGAGGACAGAAGCAGAGAAAUUCAAACAAGAUUUGCGCGAUGCAAAAGAAGAGAAGGAACGAAUGGAGAUAAAACUGAUAGACGUUCAAGAACGAUUAAAAUUUCUAGAAACAGAGAAGGGAAAAUUUGAAGGUCAUAAGGAACAUCUCAUCGAACAGGAACAAGCUCUGAUAGUAGCGAAGCAACGCUUUCGAGAAGCGCAAGAUGAAUUAGAGGAACUUCGUUCUUUGAUCCAAGAUCAAGCUGCUCAACUGGAAGAUUAUCGCAAUAAAUAUUUGCAAGCCCAGCAACAAGUUGAAGAACAGCGUAGACAACUAGACCUUAUGGAAAUGGACAAUGCACGAAUGAACGAGAAUGUUACUUUGGAAAUCGGACGUGUUAAAAAUCAAUUUCAAGAGAAAUUAGCCGAGCUUGCACCGUUGCCUGAUAUCUUGAAACAAAUGCAAAUGAAGAUGCAGGAAGCGCAACAGAUGCGCUUAGUCGCUGAACGUAGCUGCGAGGAUCUGUCGCGAGAAUUGCUAGGAUGCAAAGAUAAGAUUCAAACUUUGCAAAAUCAAUUGGACGUAUUGCGCACCGAGCAUCAAACACUUCAGGAUGAAAGGGGACUUGGUUGCGACAGAUCCGAAGAGAUGGAAAAAAAGUGUGGUGAGUUGCGACACGAAAACGAAAGAAUGAAAAACACAUUGGCACGAUUUGAGGAACACGAAGCACAGUUGCAAAAACGUAUUGACGAGAAAAUGCACGAAAACACGCAAUUGUCAUCAAUGUUAGAACAGAUAAGGGAAGAUUCCGCUAGACAAGUAGUGAGAACAAAAGAACGAUGUGAAACUAUGCGAAGAUCGAUGCAAGGCCAGAUUGCCGAAAUGGAAAGGCAAUUGGCACAGUGCAGAGCAACAGCGCGUGCCGCCCAACGAGACAGAGAUGAGAUCAGACAAAAGAUGCAGAGUCAAAUAAAUAACUUAAACGAGGCAUUUAAACAUGCGCAAGGCCGUAUAAAAUCGUUACAGGGUCAUGUAAACUAUCUCAAGACUUCUUAUAGCAAUAUCUUUCUCGGACAAGGAGAAGCACCGACAAGUGCUUUGCCAGUAGACGAUUCUUGCGAUUGCAACUAUUAAAUGCACAUGAUUUUUCAAUAAUAAUCCUAUAUAUUUUUGUUCGAUAUAGCGAAAUUAAAAUAUAUUACUCGAUGUCACACACAAGC